ACUCAGUGAGUGAUGGUCUAAUUAAUUAGAGACGUUAAAUACGUCUAUGUUGAUUUUUAUUUUGUGCGCUACAUAGAUUUUCUUGUGCGCUGAGAACGUGAAAGCAGUGCGCAACUGCGCAAGCGCGCAUCUUAGAGGGAACACCGCCACUGUGUGUGUCACACGCACCAUGAGCCAGCCCAUGUAUACAUCCUAAUGACGUGAAACCCCACAUCUUUCUUCUAGUGGUCUUUACCUGCCUACAUGUGUGGAGUGUCACAGGCUUGAGGAUGACGCCUAACCGGAGCGUUUGGAGUUGGACACGCUGGUGGAAAGAAGCAUGUCCCAGCGAGCAACAGUGGCAAGCAACAGGAUUCGGUUUCGUGAUCCAGAGAGCUUUCUCAGCACUGAUCUCCAACAUGAGCGAGUUGAUCUUGACCUUUCUGCUGCUGUUAUUGCCUGGUCUUGCUCAGUGCUUCCCAGUCACAGCAAAUCAAGCUGGAAGCAGACCUUCGCAGCUGUUUUUCUGCAAGACUCCAGGAUGUGCUGCCGAGGUGACAGCCGUAUUUUGCAAUGAAGAGUUGCUUCUUUACAAGUCCAGCAUUGAAAACUGUACGGGCCCUCCACCACUGGGGACCGUCUGCCAGCAUAAUGGUCUGGCAUUUGUUGCCAUCAAUACAAGUGGUGUCUGUGACUUUGAGGGGGAGUUCAGACACAUUCAGACUGAAAAAUGUAAAGGCGACAGCGACAUCUGUGCCUUUCCUAUUGCUUUCACAGCAUCCCCAGCCCCCAUAAAGGACCAUGCCACACCAGGAUACAUUGCCGCUGGAGUCUGUGUUUUUGUGCUUUUAGUGCUAAUGAUAGGCUUAUCUCUAUAUUUGUGGAAAAAGAGAAGGACCACAGAGCAACAGCAGGCGAGUGACCCUGAUGUGACUGUAGCCAUGACAGUGAUGCAAAGCCCCGGAGAAACUGUCGAAAGGUCUACUGAUGGCGGUGGUCCCGGUCUGGAUGACAGCUGCUGUCCCUCUCAACAUGACCAUGGAGACCUUGUGCCACACAAUACUUUGUGAUUUUUUAAAUAAACAUCCUGAAAUAUG